CCGGGCUGGGAGCUGCGAGGAGAGCGGGCAGCGCCGCCGGAGCCCGCCGCCCGGGCCAUGGCCAAGGCGGGCCGUGCAGGUGGCCCUCCCCCGGGUGGUGGUGCCCCCUGGCACCUUCGAAAUGUCCUCAGCGACUCAGUGGAGAGCUCUGAUGAUGAAUUCUUUGAUGCUAGAGAGGAGGUGGCUGAAGGGAAGAACGCCAUCCUCAUUGGGAUGAGCCAGUGGAAUUCAAAUGACCUGGUGGAGCAGAUCGAGACCAUGGGGAAACUGGAGGAGCAUCAAGGAGAAGGGAACGUGCCGUGCACAUCCAGCAUCCUCCAGGAGAAGCAACGAGAACUGUACCGGGUUUCCUUGAGAAGACAGAGGUUCCCAGCCCAGGGAAGCAUUGAGAUCCACGAAGACAAUGAGGAAGGCUGCCCGCAGCGCUCCUGCAAGACGCACGUCCUCCUGCUGGUGCUGCACGGGGGGAACAUCCUGGACACGGGCUCGGGGGACCCAUCCUGCAAGGUGGCCGACAUCCACACCUUCAGCUCUGUGCUGGAGAAGGUCACGCGCGCCCACUUCCCUGCAGCCCUGGGCCACAUCCUCAUCAAGUUCGUCUCCUGUCCCGCCAUCUGCUCUGAGGCUUUCUCACUCGUCUCCAACCUGAAUCCCUACAGCCACGAUGAGGGCUGUCUCAGCAACAGCCAGGACCACGUCCCUCUGGCCGCCCUGCCCCUGUUGGCCAUCUCCUCCCCGCAGUACCAGGAUGCAGUUGCCACUGUCAUCGAGCGAGCCAACCAGGUGUACACGGAGUUCCUCAAAUCCCCCGAUGGGAUUGGCUUCAGUGGGCAGGUGUGUCUCAUCGGGGACUGUGUGGGGGGCCUCCUGGCCUUCGAUGCCAUCUGCUACAGCGCGGGGGCCUCAGGUGACAGCCCUGGCAGCAGCAGCCGGAAGGGGAGCGUCAGCAGCACCCAGGACACCCCGGUGGUGGUGGAGGAGGAGUGCAGCCUGGCCAGCAGCAAGCGGCUCAGCAAGAGCAGCAUCGAUGUCUCCAGCGCGUUGGAGGAUGAAGAACCCAAGAGGCCAUUGCCACGGAAACAGAGCGACUCCUCCACCUAUGACUGCGAGGCCAUCACCCAGCAUCACGCCUUCCUAUCAAGCAUCCACUCGAGCGUGCUGAAGGAUGAGGCUGAGCCCCCUGCGGCCGGGGGGCCCCAGCUCCCUGAGGUCAGCCUGGGCCGCUUGGAUUUUGAGGUGUCCGACUUCUUCCUCUUUGGCUCGCCCCUGGGCCUGGUCCUGGCCAUGCGGAGGACGGUGCUGCCCGGACUGGAUGGUUUCCAGGUACGUCCUGCCUGCAGUCAGGUCUACAGCUUUUUCCACUGCGCAGACCCCUCUGCCUCCCGACUUGAACCACUGCUGGAGCCCAAGUUCCACCUGGUGUCGCCCGUCAGCGUGCCCCGCUACCAGAGGUUCCCGCUGGGUGACGGACAGUCCCUCCUCCUUGCUGACGCCCUGCACACCCACAGCUCCCUCUUCCUGGAGGGCAGCUCCUGGGGCAGUCCGCCGCUUCUGGAGGCGCCUGCCUCACCCCCUCGGGCCCCGAGGUCCCAGCGCCCGGGGCGGAGGAUAAGCCAGGGCAGCUCCCACAGUGAGAGCUCGGAGUCCUCGGACAGCCUGGCCCCCGUGGGCACCUCCCGCAUCACAGCCAAGUGGUGGGGCAGCAAGCGCAUCGACUACGCCCUGUACUGCCCCGACGUCCUCACCGCCUUCCCCACCGUGGCCCUGCCCCACCUCUUCCACGCCAGCUACUGGGAGUCCACGGACGUGGUGGCCUUCAUCCUGAGACAGGUGAUGCGCUAUGAGAGCGUGAACGUCAAGGAGAGCGCUGGUUUGGACCCCGCAGCACUGAGCCCCACCAACCCCCGCGAGAAGUGGCUUCGUAAGAGGACCCAGGUCAAGCUGCGGAAUGUCACCGCCAACCACCGGGCCAACGACGUGAUUGCCGCCGAAGACGGCCCCCAGGUCCUGGUGGGGCGGUUCAUGUACGGGCCCCUCGACAUGGUGGCCCUGACCGGGGAGAAGGUGGACAUCUUGGUGAUGGCAGAGCCUUCCUCCGGCCGCUGGGUGCACUUGGACACGGAGAUCACCAACAGCAGCGGCCGAAUCACGUACAGCGUGCCGCGGCCCCGGCGCCUGGGGGUCGGCGUCUACCCCGUGAAGAUGGUCGUCAGGGGCGACCAGACCUGCGCGAUGAGCUACCUCACGGUGCUGCCCCGGGGCAUGGAGUGCGUGGUCUUCAGCAUCGACGGCUCCUUUGCGGCCAGCGUGUCCAUCAUGGGGAGCGACCCCAAGGUCCGGCCAGGGGCAGUGGACGUUGUCCGGCACUGGCAGGACCUGGGCUACAUGAUCCUCUACAUCACGGGGCGGCCGGACAUGCAGAAGCAGCGGGUGGUGUCGUGGCUGUCCCAGCACAACUUCCCACAGGGCAUGAUCUUCUUCUCGGACGGGCUGGUGCACGACCCGCUGCGGCAGAAGGCCAUCUUCCUGCGCAACCUCAUGCAGGAGUGCUUCAUCAAAAUCAGCGCGGCCUAUGGCUCCACGAAGGACAUCUCCGUCUACAGCGUGCUAGGCCUGCCACCCUCCCAGAUCUUCAUUGUGGGCCGGCCCACCAAGAAGUAUCAAACCCAGUGCCAGUUCCUGAGCGAGGGCUACGCCGCGCACUUGGCCGCGCUGGAGGCCGGCCACCGCUCGCGCCCCAAGAAGAACAGCUCGCGUAUGAUCCUGCGCAAGGGCAGCUUCGGCCUCCACGCGCAGCCCGAGUUCCUGCGGAAGCGCAACCACCUGCGCCGGACCAUGUCGGUGCAGCAGCCCGACCCGCCCGCCAACCCCAAGCCCGAGCGGGCCCAGAGCCAGCCCGAGUCCGACAAGGACCACGAGCGGCCCCUGUCCGCGCUCAGCUGGGCGCGCGGGCCCCCCAAGUUCGAGUCGGUGCCCUGAGGGCCAGGCUGUGCGCAGAGCAGGGGGGCCCCAGCGGGCUGCCUUCUCCCCGGCAGACACAGGCCUUUUCCUGCUUUUCCCCUCCCGUGUCUGUCCAG